AUGAAUGAUGACAUUGGCAUUAUUAGAGCAAGGGAUUAUAUUGAAAUUGAUAAUAACUUAAGAACAGGUGAAAUGCUUAGUGAUGAUGAAAUUAUUGCAGCAGUCCAAGAAGCCCCCGAAACUGAGGAAGAAGAAGAAGAUAUGAUUCCAGUAUCUAAUAAAAUUGCUCUAGAAAGUAUCCAAAAUUUAUCUGAUUAUUUGCAACAAAAUGAUGAUAUAAAA